UGAAUGUUUUUAAAUUUGGACACUUGCUGUGUAUAUACUGUAUACAACCAUUUUGCGUCAACUCCAAAAAGGAUCUGCUCCAACUUAUUUAUAAGAAAUGGAAUUGUUCACGUCGCAGAGUCAGAAACUGAAGGUGGGUUUCAAAGGAUACAUCUACAACAGGGACAAGACAAGGAAAAAUCACAUCACUUGGAGGUGUGAAAAAAGGAAAUGUAAAGGAAGAGCUCACACUCCAAUGGACUUCUCAAGCCGAGAAGGUGAAGAAAUUGUUACAGUCACUCAAGAUCAUUCUGGUCAUAUUCCGAAUGGUGUCGACAGUGAUGUAGCCUGGAUUAAGACCAGGAAGUUGGAGCUUCAACAUUCUGAGGAAUCUGCAGAGAAGAUAGCUGAAGACCUCCUGGCACGCACAUCAUCUUCUGGGAGAGUUGGACAAAGAUUUCGGGGUGUAAGAGGAUUAUGCAAAUCCAUCAAGGCUGCUCGUCGAAAAAGAAAUCCAGUGCAAGACAUCAACAACCUAGAUGAUGCUGUGAUUCCCUUAAAAUAUCAAGGAAUGGGAGGGACUGAAAACUUUCUUUUGCAAGCUGAGAUAGAAGCGAUAAUGGCAGAUCCAGAUGUGCUUUACGUUGCAUCCACGGGAAUAAGUUUGAACGAAAGGUUUUUGAUGCUGCAAGCGAGUCGGGAUCGGUCUGCGGUUAGGAAGCCCAGAGGCGCUCUAGCUUCAACCGGCAAUCGAUUGAGCAAUGCUAGCUCCACAGAUAAUUUGGCGCUGCUGCAAGUAUUGGCGAGAGAUCCGGCAGUCCGAAGACAGUUUCUCGGCAACAGUAAAGCGCGGGCUCAGCAGAAGAAGAAUGUCAAACAGCGACUGGGCGUUAAAGGUCGACUUGGCCAGCGUCUCAAAGAUCGCCUUGGUGAUACAAUGCAAGUUCGCGGUCGUGGUGCUGUUAGAGGUGCAUCGCGGGGGACUCCCCGUGGGACUGCUAGAGGUCGAGGUUUUGGAAGUCGCGGAGGCUACAACCAGACAGCGGAACAGAAGUCGAAUUUAGAGCACAACAGGUCACAAGAGGAGCAAACACGAAUCGUGGAAGAGGACGAGGUCGAGGAAGAGGUGCACGAGGUCGUGAUGGACGAAGAACAGGCGUCAGGUUUAUCCUGCGCCUUGGAUAUGUUUAAAGAAGCUGAUGAAGUGAACGCCUUGAUAUCGAACGUUGGGAAGGAUGGUGGAAGUAGGCACGAGGCAGACCUAGACAGGUUCACUUACAUCGUGAAUCAGUACCGAGAACAGCCACAUUUGCUGGAUUCGAGCUUGCAACACUUCCUUUCAUCCCUUGUGACAAUCGUGCGAUCUCCUGAAACACUGGAUAAAAAUCGUGAGCAAGCGUUUGAGCUGAUUUACGCGCUCAUUUCCGUCCGUGGCUUCAAACAAGCCGUGAGGCACUUGCCACACGAAGUGGCCGAUUUGGCCCCUGUUCUAGAAAUACUAGAACGCGAUGUGGCUUCUCCUGGGGACUGGAAAACUCCGUAUGUGUCUUUGUUGUGGCUUUCGAUCAUAAUCUUGUUGCCCUUUCCGAUGGGAAGAUUGGAUGCUGGUGUUCCCGGAGAAACUUCUGUGAUGGACCGACUUGUGACUGUGCUGAAGCAUUACUUGACCUCUCAUCAAAGUACGGCACUAGCAGCUGGUUUCCUGGCUUCAAAGUUUCUAACACGGAAGGACGUUCGUGAAAAGCAUUGGGAUUCUUUCUAUCAGUGGGCGGUGGAAACUGUCAAGAAUGUGAAAAACCGUGAGUUCGUGCGAUUAGGAGCUCUCAGGGCCUUGAAUCAAGUCUUCAAGCACGGACAAAGAGAAGAUCUUUUCGAAGUCGCCCCUGGACUUCUGAGAGAAGUGGUGAAUCUGGAAUUCCACACCCAGCCCUUAGCCUUGAGGCUCAUGAGUUUGAAGCUGGUGCAGAGAAUCGGUUUGGUGUUCCUGAAACCAAAGGUGGCCAAGUGGAGGUAUCAGCGCGGUUGUCGUUCGUUGAUGGAAACACUUGGCACAAAGACAGACGAUACUCAAGUCAAUGAUCUUGCUAAAAAUGACGACCUUUCCGCCAUGGAUGACGAUGAAAUGUACGAGAUUCCCGAUGACGUUGAGGAAGUUAUUGAUCAAUUGCUGAUGGGACUGAAGGAUUCCGAUUCGCAAGUUCGUUGGUCUAGUGCUAAAGGAAUUGGCAGAGUGACGGGGCGGUUGCCGAAGUAUUUUGCGGAUGACGUGAUUGGGUCGCUGCUUGAUUUCUUCUCUUUGAAGGAAUCUGACUCUGCCUGGCACGGUGGCUGCUUAGCGCUUGCGGAAUUGGGUCGAAGAGGUUUUUUGUUGCCCUCAAGAUUGCCGGAAGUCGUGAAAGUCGUUUUGGACGCGUUGGUGUUCGACGAGGCUCGGGGUUACUAUUCGGUAGGAAUCAACGUUCGAGAUGCUGCUUGUUACGUGGUUUGGUCAUUUGCACGAGCCUAUGAUCCGGCGGAAUUGGCGCCGUUUGUGAACGACAUCGCCGCCCGAUUGCUAGUCGUGUGCUGCUUCGAUAAAGAAGCUUGUGCAGAAGUUGUUUUCUCUUCUGUAAUUGACACGGAAGUCGUGAAAGUCGUUUUGGACGCGUUGGUGUUCGACGAGGCUCGGGGUUACUAUUCGGUAGGAAUCAACGUUCGAGAUGCUGCUUGUUACGUGGUUUGGUCAUUUGCACGAGCCUAUGAUCCAGCGGAAUUGGCGCCGUUUGUGAACGACAUCGCCGCCCGAUUGCUAGUCGUGUGCUGCUUCGAUAAAGAAGUUAGUUGCUCGAAAUUUUGUUCUAUCAAAGGAAGAGUUGCAGCGUCUGCAGCUUUUCAAGAAAAUGUUGGUCGGGUUGGGAAUUUCCCGCACGGAAUAGACAUUUUGACGACUGCUGAUUUUGUGUCUGUGGCGAAUCGAAAAAAUGCAUUUUUGUCCAUAAGCUCAUUCAUUGCUGGGUUUGAAGAGUAUCGACGUCCGCUUUUGGAGCACUUGAUAACUAGAAAAGUUUGUCAUUGGGACGCUACUGUGAGAGAUCUCUCGUCGAAGGCUCUUUAUAGCAUCGGAAAGUUGGACAUUCCGUUUUUGCUUGAUGUAGCGUGGCCAACGUUGAUCAAGGGCCUGGAUUCAACCGAAAUAAAUGUCAAACAUGGUUCUCUUCUUUCUCUCGGGGAAUCGGUUCGAGCUGUUGCCGAAGUUUCCGCACAAAACGAAGGCUCUCUAAUGGACUUGUUGGGAGAAGAACGAGUGAAGUUCCUUGAGACCGUUGUCGAUCGGCUGGAGGAAAAACGGGCCUAUCGACUCAUGGGUGCCGUCCUGAUGCGAGAAGCCACUUCGGCUUUCAUUCAAAAGUGUUCAGAUUGUUAUUUACCUCUUUCCUCUACCGACCGAAAAGAAAACUGGCUGAGGCACUUGUAUGGUAACCUGUCGCAGAUGGAAGAACCCGUUAGGGAUGCCGCAGCAUCUGCGUUGUCCGCUUUCUGUCGAGUCUACGUUGCUGGGGGCGGAUGGAAAACUUGUAACGAAAUAUUAACUCAUUGUCUGCAUCAGGCCUUAUCUGCAAAAAGUCUGGAAACACGAAUGGGAUUCUUUACAGCCAUCGGUUAUUUCGGGAUCGAAAUGCUGCCUGAAGAGAGUCUGCUGUUGGUUUACUCGUCUUUGUGCACAAGUUUCGCUGUGAAAGAGGAUAGUCAGUUUGAUCCUGCAAUGACUUGCGCAAGGCGUGAUGCUGUCGAUGCGUGUAGGAAGCUUAUCCGAAGCAUUGGUGUUCACGGAAAGGUUUCCGUCUCUGUGAAGCACGUAUUGGUCGAGUAUGCAAUCAAUCACAAGAAAUUGGCGGUUGCUACGAAAGAACUGGGCAUUGAAUUGCUUGCUGGGUUGGCGAAACAAGCAUGCGAAAGAAUAGAUAAGCUGAGGGCGAAGGCAGCUGCAAAUUUCAUCAAGUUGGUUCAGAGGUUGUCCCAGCAAGCAACAGAGGCCUUGUUGAAUUAUCUCCAGAAGGAGGAGAUUGCUGUAAAAAUUUUUGAAUCUCUGCUUGAAAUUCACGAGCAAAGCGUGUCGAUGAACGACGAACGUCUGAAUCCGGCAAUCAUUAUCACAUGGAAUAAACUGAUUCCCUCCGGUGCAUUCGAUGAGUCAAUCGUCUCGCAAGCCAAGUGUCCUUAUGGAAUCCGCCCGGCCAAAGACGGGGGUGCAAACCCGAAGUUCUGGGAAGCUACGUUCGUGUUGAACGAGUUCAAUGUCGUGAGGAAAUGGCUGAUGCAACAUCACGCCGAGCUUAUCCUGUCGGAACACAGCAGUCCGAGGGCUUUGGCGCAGAUCCUGAGUCAGAUGAUGAAUUUUCAGGAGUCUUGUCUCGGUGCUGGAGCUACUGGGAAAUUUGGAAUGACUCGAAUUCCCACUCAAGUAUUUAUCGACUUGUCACCCGGUGGAGGAGCUUGCAAGAUUCUUGCCUCCGCAUUCAAGCACAAGCAUUCAAAGGGUUUGAGAAGAUUCGAUUUUCACGCGCCGAAGUCACAGGAUCGGAAUAUCGAGCUGCUCAAAGAAAUUGAGCAGGAAUUGUUGUCGCUGGAUGCUUUGUACGUGCGAGCUGUCUACAUUUCAGACUCGGUGGAUGAUCAAAUGAGAAUAGCCGUGACGGAAGCCGUGGAGAAAUUGCAGGGUUACAUCGCGUUUUCAUCCGAGGAAGCUACCCACGUGGUGCACAAACCUCUCGACUCUGCGAAAAAGGAUGUGAAGUCGAAGUUGAAAGCCAUACCAAUAUUUAAGCGUGGAAAGGGAAAAAAUAAUGUGUUGCUGCACUGGAAAGGACAUCCUCCGAGUCGUGACUCGUGGAUUACCUGCAAAUCUCCGAGCAUAAAUGCGUAUAUCGUGGAUUACAAGCCAUCAGUGUACCAUGUAUCAGCUACUUGGGUUUUGGAAUCUGAACAAUGGAAUGAGUGGAUGAAUGAAGAGGAUUAUGAGGUGGCCGAAGAUGGAUCAAAAAGACCCGAUAGGUUUAUGACACCGGAGCAAAUAAGUAAUUUGGUGGAUGCUGGAAAACCGAAAAAGCGGGAAGAAGUCGACGAAGAAUCACCAGCUCCUGCUAAGAAGCAAAGGAAGAAUCAGAAGAGCAAACGUGGGACUUUGGUGCCGGGACAACUUUCUGCAUUACUCGAGUCUUCAGAGACAUUCGACGCGACACAGUCAAGCACCGUUGAUCAUGUCGAUGCCCCCGAGGUUUGUUCCUUUGAAUAA